ACGCACACACUCAUACACACACACUCAUACACACACUCAUACACGCGCGCUGCCUCCACUUCAUCCGCGACACUUCCCGCCGAGCCGCCGCCGCCGAAGUCUCUCCAUCCCCGCGUCCAGCCGCGCGCGCGCGCCUCGCUCCCCGGAGCUCCAGGGCUGAAAAGUUGGAACCGAAGAAGAGAGAAGAAGAACAAGAAGAAGAAGAGGAGGAAGAGGAGGAACAUACCGAAGUUAUUAUGUCUUCUCAGUCCGCGGAGGGCUUGGAUCUGUCCGAGGAGCAGGUCAAGGUCCUGGAGGACAGCUUCAAGAAGACCACCCGGCACCCGGAGGGCAUGACGCUCAUGCUGAUCGCCGCGGAGAGCGGGCUGUCGGAGGAGGACACGCAGAAAUGGUUCAACCUGCGUAACCAGCAGUGGAGGAGGGAGGAGGGCCUUCCGGCUGAACUGGGAUCAGUGUUGGACUGAGACGCUGUGUGUGCUGGCCGAGGUUCCUCCUGGACUAACUGACCCCACCUCCUCCUCCUCCCUUCCCCCUCUCCACGUGUCGUUCUCUCUUGUCUAUCUGAAGCUGUGUUCCCUUGCCGUGAGGAAUGUGAAGAAGGCGUUUGUGUGUUGUUGCUCUAUAGCCGCCAUGUCUCCAAGAAAAUAAACAUGUUAUUCUAAGUUAAA